CAUACAAGCGUCUCAGUUCAGAACAUCACCAUGAAGUGCUUGUUCAUCUUUACCUUGGUAACGGUGGGUGCCCUGACGUGCCCCACAGAGGGAUGUAUGUCAGAAGCUCAUAACGCGAAUCAAAAAUCUAACAGCAAAGACAGCCACGAGUCCCAUGAGGAUGAACACGUCACAACGGUCAAAUCCGUCCCUGUGGCAAUGGAUGCGCAUACUUUUUCCAUUAUCCCAGCCAAAUCUGUCGUCGUUAUUGCUUCUGAGAAACCCGCAACUGUUUCUGAAACGACGAACAAACCAGCAGCUCCCGAGAUGAUUCAUUCAACCCCCCUGACCGCUACCCCAGUUAUCUCGACCAACACAGAUCACAUUCAAUCGAUGAAUGCAACCACCGCUCUGCCAGUAUCUUCCACCCAAAAACCAGCCCUUGUUUUUGCCGAAACAACCAACAAAGCUGUCCCGACUGCAGUUACUGCGCAUCAGAUUAUCACGGCGACUCCGAUGGUCGAAGAAGUAAUGUCGGUGAAGCCUGCCAUUCUUUCUUUGAAUGCUACAGAUAAAUCUGUCAAUGUUACCGUUGAAACAGUUAGCAAAGCAAGCGUCACAACUGCCGUUCCGAUGGCAAACACAAAUGCGGCUAUUGCUGAACAUUCGACUGAAAAACCAACAGUUCAGGUUGUUCCAGAGAUAACCAAGCUUACCACUGCUGCUUUACUCAAUUCCACUGAAAAACCUGCAGUCCAAAUUGUUCCAGAGAUGACCAAACUUACCACUGCUGCUGCGCAAAAUUCUACUGAAAAACCUGUAGUUCAAACUGUUCCAGAGGUUACCAAGCUUACCACUAUUGCUGCAAUAAGUUCUACUGAAAAACCUGCAGUCCAACCUGCUCCAGAAUUGGCCAAGCUUACCACUGUUGCUGCGGUAAAUUCUACAGAAAAACCAGCAGUCCAAAUUGUUCCAGAAUUGGCUAAGCUUACCACUGCUGCUGAAAUAAGUUCUACUGAAAAACCUGAAGUCCAAGCUGUUCCAGAGAUGGCCAAGCUUACCACUGUUGCUGCGGUAAAUUCUACUGAAAAACCUGCAGUUCAAACUGUUCCAGAGGUUACCAAGCUUACCACUAUUGCUGCAAUAAGUUCUACCGAAAAACCUGCAGUCCAACCUGCUCCAGAAUUGGCCAAGCUUACCACUGCCGAAACUACUGUUGCUGCGCAAAAUUCUACUGAAAAACCUGCAGCCCAAGUUGUUCCAGAGAUGGCAAAGCUUUCCACUGUUGCUGCGGUAAAUUCCGUCAAUUCUACUGAAAAACCUGCCGUCCAAACUGUUCCAGAAAUGGCCAAGCUUACAACUACUGCUCCGCAAAAUUCUACAGAAAAACCAGCCCAUUUUGCGGUGGAGCCCGUCACGGUUGUCUCUGCAAUUCCAACUGAAAAACCAACUCACGUAGCCGAAUCGAUGAGUAACAACACAACUGCCGAGGUAACCACAGUUAAGACGACUCCUUCCACAUUUGUCGUUAAUACUGAAGCUCCUAUGCCAAUCCGGCGAGACAAAAGACAAGCUAAUAACAUGACGACAAAGAAGCCUGAAACUAUCACAAUGAAGCCUGUCGCUACCACGAAGAAGCCGAUUGCUACCACGAAGAAACCCUCGGUACCAAGCAACACAACUCCGGUUUUCGGUCGAAAAGUUUCAACUAGGGCCCCGAUCCCGGUGACACGUCGAGCUCGCCAGGGUACGACCGUCCGUCCAAGCGCCACAGGAUCACGUGUGACGACUAGAAAACCAGUCAACCCAACAACCAGACCACCAGUUAAACUUUCUCCAAUGCAGUCGACUGUCCACACGCCAGUAACGACGAAGCCGCUUCCAGUUACACCGAAAGUCUAACGCAACUUUGAGGACAACAGAAAUUCUAACGCAAAAUAAUUAAAUAUAUAAAGUACUAAAUCCUUUUACUAAUUUAAAUCAAAACUAACGUUGAACUUUUGUUCAAGCGGAGCUAUAGGUUCGAUUCUCUUAUCGGUUUUCUCAUUGGUGAAUUUGUCAAUAAAAUUUGAACUAAACUGGA